AUGAAGGAAGAAAUAAUAUUGUUCAAUAAAAUUGAAAAAUUGAUGGUAGGAGAGAAUUGGGUUCUAAAAAAAGUUGAUAUCGAUAUAUCGUGCCCACUUAUCCAGAUCAAAGUAAACAAAUGGGACCUUAAGAAAAUAAUAAUUGGAAAUAAGGAAAGCUCUCCUCUAGAAAAGAUAUACUGCAUUUCAAAGGAGGGGUUUUCAACUAUACUAGUGACCAUUUUCUUUGAUAAAGAUGUCUUAAAAAUGUUUCAUAUUAAAAAAUUUAGUCGUUUCAAGCUGCAAAUUCCAUGUACUAAAAAACUUCUAACAUUAAAAUCUAAGUAUUCGCUCCUUGGAAACUACGAGCUUUAUGUUGAUCAGGAAGACUGCAUUGAGUUAUAUAAAGAUAUUAGCCACAAUGCAGAAGUACUGCUAUUUUAUGACAACCCCUUAGGAGAGUUUAGUAAUAAGAGUAUUCUCCACUCCACACUAAACAACGUACUUUCAUACCAUGAAGAAGGAACAGGAUUUGUAAGAGAGGACUAUCGUAUCAGCAUUAUAAACUCCAAAAGUGAUAUCCUAGAGAUGAAUAUUUUACUAACAAAACCUGAAGUAGGCUUUUUGAUUGGUGAGCAAGGACAUAGAAUCGAAAAGCUGCGGGAAUCUUCCAAUGCUACAAUUCAAAUUUUGCCUAUAGCUAAAAGAUUCAGACUUAUGGAUAUCCUUUGCCCUGAUAGCAUCAAUCAACAGAUAUCUAUCGUUGGUGAUGUUUACUCUGUUGCAUUGGGUAUCGCCAGCGUUGAAUCCUUAUUGAUUCUCCACAAAUGGUUACCUAGGAAACACCUCUGA